UGGCAGCCGUUGAGGAACCACACGGUCCAGUUGUGGUCUCUGCAAAACAUUCACGAAAAGUUUUUGGAAGUGGAAAAGGUCGUAAAGUCGCUCACCAAAUACCAGAUGAGAUUUUGCUAAAUCCCGAGAUUCAGCUGGCAAUGAAGCAGCUCCCAGAUAAUUAUAACUUUGAAAUUCCAAAAACUAUAUGGCGGAUCAAAACACUUGGAGCCAAACGAGUUGCUUUACAAUUCCCGGAAGGGCUGUUGCUAUUCGCCUGCACUAUUGCAGAUAUCAUUGAAAAAUUUACCGACGCCGACACUCUUAUUAUGGGUGACGUGACUUAUGGGGCAUGCUGUGUGGACGAUUUCACAGCCAAGGCUUUGGGGGCUGAGCUAAUGGUGCAUUAUGGUCACAGCUGUUUAGUGCCUAUUGAUAAAACUGAAGGAAUACAAAUGCUAUAUGUGUUCGUUGACAUAAAGAUAGACACGACACAUUUCAUUGAGACGAUUAAGUUCAACUUUGAGUCAGGUUCCCAUUUGGCUUUCGUCAGUACAAUCCAGUUUGUAACAGCCUUACAAUCUGCAUUGGGGGAACUAAGGAAGGAUUACAUGGUGACUGUUCCACAGAGCAAGCCUUUGUCACCAGGGGAAAUCCUGGGUUGUACCUCUCCAAGGUUACAAGGGGUCGACGCCAUCAUAUACUUAGGGGAUGGGAGGUUUCAUUUGGAAUCUAUUAUGAUUGGAAACCCAGAUAUACCAGCUUACAGGUAUGACCCCUACAACAAGGUGUUCUCUCGGGAGUUCUACGACCAUGAACGCUUACACCAAGUCAGACGUUCCGCCAUCAGCACUGCACGGAAUGCCAAAACAUUUGGUUUGGUGCUUGGAACAUUAGGAAGACAGGGCUCACCAAAAGUUUUGGAUAAUUUGAAACAGAAAUUGGAAAGCUGUGGGAAAGCACAUGUGACUGUUUUGUUAUCGGAAAUAUUCCCUGAUAAACUCAAGCUUUUUGAAGAUGUAGAUGCUUGGGUACAGAUUGCCUGUCCCAGACUCUCUAUAGAUUGGGGUGCAGCCUUUACCAAGCCGUUACUCUCGCCUUAUGAGAUAUCAGUUGCCUUAGAUGAGGUGAAGUGGCAGGAGGUCUACCCGAUGGAUUACUAUGCCAACAAUAGCCUGGGGUCAUGGACAGUCAAUCAUGAAUCCAACAGACCAGCUAGAACUCCACGCAAAAGACUAGGAGUGAAGAAAGAUCAGAGUACCAAGACCCUGAAUGAAAGUUGCAAUGGAAAUAUUUCUGGUCAUAUAGAAGAAAGAGGCAACAGAAAAACCAGCCAAGGUUCAGAGGUGGAUCAUGGACAAGCUGACAUUAAUCAUGAUAGUCAUGGCCAUAAACAUCAUGAUAAGCAUGAUCAUGAUCAUGAGCAUGGGAAAGUAAAGGAUACAGAGCCAUGCUCUAAUGAAUGUGCUGACUGCGAAUGUCGUGCCCCAACUUACUGACAGAAUAUUGGUCAGUUGAGAUGGACAAACAGGGAGCUGACAUUACACCUGCCAGAUCCAAGGAGUGAAAGUGUACUCUGGCAAUCACCAGUGCAAGCCACUGCACAUGGUCAUGUGAUUUGCCCAUGAUUAACUUUGUAUUGCACAGAAAACGCUGUCAAGGAAGCAACUAUAGUUUUGAGACCUUGUAAUUAUAAAAUCAUUUAUCUGUGCAUAUACUGGUACUUGGUCAGAUACACGUAUUUUCCUCAUGUGGUAAGGAAAUUUCAGUAAAUUUGCUUGAUUCUAGCAUAGAUAAGAACUGCAUUUACACAACACAGUUAAUUUUGCUUGAAUUAUAACCAAAGUUGUAGUAGCUGCAUUUUGAAUAUUUGCCUGUCUAACAGUGGACUCUAAGCUGUGUUUAAAGCUUUGUUGGGGUGUUCCGUUGCGUUUUCAAGGUACAUAUAGUUCAACAUGACUUCAUCUUUGCUUCAAUAUUUGGUAAUCUCUUACAGUCCACUGUAUAACCCAUUUUCUACUACUUGUUCAACUACUGAGUUAGUAUGUGUUUAUAAGUGGUGAGUUGCUUGUGAGCACUCUGAUUUCCUUCACAGCUGAACGCUAUUCAAAGAAGGAAACAAGUGAAUAAGUGCUGGCUCCAUACAUGGUAUGUGUGUUCUUCAUAGCAUAAUUGUACUCUAAUAGAGAUAAUUAAUUUAUUUUGAUUACAAUUUUUUUCUCAUAAAAUUCAUUCUUGUCACAUAAUUCCACAAAUGGUUGUUACCAAUUCCAGUAUUCUAUAGCUUUGACAUACUUGGUGGCUUUGUGGUCCAUUAAGCGUUCUCCAGUAAGGUGACUAUUGAAUACCUGUAUCAUUAUGGCUUGUGUUUAUGUGACAUCUCAUUUGUUAUUCUGUCAAUUAUGCCUGAACUACUUCUGACAAGUGAGAUGGAAAGCUGCGUUCACACUACCAUUUGUUGUAUCAACACAUUAAAUGCUACUACUCCAAUGAAAA